AUGAUUCUAGGCCUGCGCUCCUGGUGCUCCACCUGCUACAGAGCUCACAAAGCAGCUGCAGGACUCCUUGCGAUGGCCUCUCCCCCACUGAGAGCAUUAGUAGUGACAAUUUAUGACACUACGUGCCUGGCAUGUUGUGACCGCACUUCAUUGUUACAAAUACCAGUUCUUAAAAGUGAAUUUAUGGUAUCUUUAACACGCGGGGCCACCGAGCUCUGCUGCCGCCCGGCUCUGGGGCAGAUCCCCGCCGCCCCGGACGGAACGAGGAAGACCCGGGAGCCUCCCCUGUUACCUCUAUGGGGGGAACCAGAGCUUCGCCUCGCGUCACCCCGCACCGAGGGGCGCCGCGGCCUCCGACCGUCCCGCGGGCGGGGAGCUCCCCUCGCCUCGCGACGCGUCGCGACCCGUUCCCCCCGCGGCGCGACCGUGCUUGGAAAAGGCUUUAAAAGGGGGGUUGUGCUGUCAGCAGGGUCUUUUCUGGUUUAUGAAGCCUAUGGUCUGAUUUCUCGCUUUGCUGAGGUCCACGCCAGCGCCAAAGUAGAAGAAGUUAUAGAGCAAGCAGACUACCUGUAUGGGAGUGGAGAAACUGAAAAACUGUAUCACUUGCUGGUUCAACAUAAAACUAGUGAGGACGCAGAGCUGUUGUGGCGGCUGGCACGAGCAUCGCGUGACCUAGCUCAGCUCAGUAGUACUUCUGCAGAGGAGAAGAAGCAACUGGUUUAUGAAGCCCUUGAGUAUGCAAAAAAGGCACUCGAGAGAAACGAAUCGAACUUUGCAGCACACAAGUGGUAUGCAAUUUGUAUCAGUGAUGUUGGAGAUUAUGAAGGAAUCAAGUCUAAAAUUGCUAAUGCCUUUGUUAUCAAAGAGCACUUUCAGAGAGCCAUUGAACUGAAUCCAAAAGAUGCUACAUCGAUUCAUCUUAUGGGCAUUUGGUGUUACUCCUUUGCUGACAUGCCAUGGUACCAAAGGAAAAUAGCUGCAGUGCUAUUUGCAACACCUCCAACAUCCACAUAUAAAGAGGUACAAUGUGAAAGUGUUUCAGAGAUUAUCUGCUCCUGCCCAAGCCACUGA